GCGGCUGCAGGAUCGGGCGGGGGAGCGGGGCGCGGCGGGAAGCAGAGGACGACCCGGUGCGUGUGGGCCAGCGGAGCGCGGGGUACUGUUCCUGGAAGAAAAGCAGAGCAGCAGAAAGUCACUCCUGCAGUCUGUGCUCUUCUUUGUCUGUGGUUGUAAAGAUUCUCAAAGGCCCAGGACGAGUUGGUCUUAGUCAGCAAAACAGUGAUGCACAACUCAGAAGCAGAAAAAUAAGAGUAGCUGGUUGAGGACAGUUCUCCAUGAAUGUACGUCACCAUGAUGAUGACCGACCAGAUCCCCCUGGAACUGCCACCCCUGCUCAAUGGGGAGGUGGCCAUGAUGCCACACUUGGUGAACGGAGAAGCAGCCCAGCAGGUUAUUCUUGUCCAAGUUAAUCCAGGUGAGACCUUUACAAUAAGAGCCGAAGAUGGGACACUGCAGUGCAUCCAAGGACCUGCUGAGGUUCCCAUGAUGUCACCUAAUGGGUCCAUUCCUCCCAUCCAUGUGCCUCCAGGUUAUAUCUCACAGGUGAUUGAAGACAGUACUGGAGUCCGCCGGGUGGUGGUCACACCCCAGUCUCCUGAGUGUUACCCACCAAGCUAUCCCUCAGCCAUGUCUCCAACCCAUCACCUAACCCCUUAUCUGACUCACCAUCCACACUUCAUUCAGAACUCGCACACCGCCUACUAUCCACCUGUCACCGUGCCCGGAGAUAUGCCACCGCAGUUUUUCCCUCAGCAUCAUCUUCCCCCCACAAUAUAUAGUGAGCAAGAAAUUAUCCCACUGUAUGGAAUGUCAAGCUACAUCACCCGAGAAGACCAGUAUAGCAAGCCACCACACAAGAAAUUGAAGGACCGCCAGAUUGACCGCCAGAACCGCCUGAACAGCCCACCUUCCACCAUCUACAAGAGCAACUGCGCAACAGUGUACAAUGGCUACGGGAAAGGUCACAGUGCUGGGAGCAGCGCAGGAGUUGGGGGUGGAAGUGGAGGUGGCCCUGGCAUCAAAAAGUCAGAGCGAAGAGCAAGAAGCAGCCCCAAGUCCAGUGAUUCAGACUUGCAAGAAUAUGAGUUGGAAGUAAAGAGGGUGCAAGACAUUCUUUCGGGAAUAGAGAAACCACAGGUGUCUAAUAUCCAAGCAAGAGCAGUUGUGCUGUCCUGGGCACCCCCUGUUGGACUGUCCUGUGGACCCCAUGGUGGUCUAUCCUUUCCUUACAGCUAUGAGGUUGCCUUAUCUGACAAAGGGAGAGAUGGGAAAUACAAGAUCAUUUACAGUGGAGAAGAAUUGGAAUGCAACCUGAAAGAUCUCAGGCCUGCCACUGACUACCACGUGAGAGUAUACGCCAUGUACAAUUCCGUCAAGGGAGCCUGCUCUGAAGCCGUUAGCUUUACCACCCACAGCUGUGCACCGGAGUGCCCCUUCCCCCCAAAACUGGCACACAGGAGCAGGAGUUCACUCACCUUGCAGUGGAAGGCUCCAAUUGACAAUGGUUCAAAAAUCACCAGCUACCUUUUAGAAUGGGAUGAGGGAAAGAGGAACAGUGGCUUCAGGCAGUGUUUCUUUGGGAACCAGAAGCACUGCAAGAUGACAAAACUCUGUCCCGCCAUGGGCUACACAUUCAGGCUUGCUGCUCGGAAUGACAUCGGCACCAGUGGUUACAGCCAGGAGGUCGUGUGCUACACACUGGGGAACAUCCCACAGAUGCCUUCAGCACCCAGGCUCGUCCGAGCUGGCGUCACCUGGAUCACACUGCAGUGGACCAGGCCCGAAGGCUGCUCACCUGAGGAAGUGAUUACCUACACCCUGGACAUUCAGGAAGAUGAAAACGAUAGCCAUUUCCACCCCAAGUACAGUGGAGAAGAUCUAACCUGUACGGUGAAAAAUCUCAAAAGGAGCACACAGUACAAAUUCAGGCUGACUGCUUCUAAUAUGGAAGGGAGGAGCUGCCCCAGUGAAGUCCUGGUUUGUACAACCAGUCCUGACAGACCUGGACCUCCGACCAGACCCCUCAUUAAAGGGCCAGUCACAUCGCAUGGCUUCAGUGUCAAGUGGGAUGCUCCAAAGGACAGUGGUGGCUCAGAAAUCCUUAAGUAUCUGCUGGAGAUCACAGAUGGAACUUCUGAAGCUGGGCAGUGGGAAGUGGCCUACAGUGGGUCAGCUACGGAGUAUGUCUUCACCCACCUGAAACCGGGUACUUUGUACAAACUGCGAGCAUGCUGCAUCAGCACCGGUGGACACAGUCAGUGUUCUGAAAGUCUCCCUGUUCGUACACUAAGCCUUGCACCAGGUCAGUGCCGACCUCCGAGGGUUUUGGGUAGACCAAAGCACAAAGAAGUCCACUUAGAGUGGGAUGUCCCUGCAUCUGAAAGUGGUUGUGAGGUAUCCGAGUACAGUGUGGAGAUGACAGAACCUGAGGACGUAGCUUCAGAGGUGUACCACGGGCCAGAGCUGGAGUGUACUGUCGGCAACCUGCUUCCUGGAACUGUGUAUCGCUUCAGAGUGCGGGCUCUGAAUGAUGGAGGGUACGGUCCCUACUCUGAUGUGUCAGAAAUCACCACCGCCACGGGGCCCCCUGGGCAGUGCAGAGCGCCAUGUGUUUCCUUCACACCUGAUGGAUGCGUCUUGGUGGGUUGGGAGAGCCCUGAAAGCCCUGGUGCCGACAUCUCCGAGUACAGAUUGGAAUGGGGAGAAGAUGAAGAAUCCUUAGAACUCGUUUACCAUGGUCCAGACACCUGCUUUGAGAUACAAGACCUAUUGCCUGCUGCACAGUAUUGCUGCAGACUACAGGCCUUUAAUCCAGCUGGUGCAGGUCCAUAUAGUGAGCUUGUCCAUUGCCAGACACCUGCCUCUGCCCCCGACCCUGUCUCCACGCUGUGUGUCCUGGAGGAGGAGCCCCUCAGUGCCCACCUGGACACACCUUCUGUGUGCCUUGUACUGAACUGGGAAGAGCCGUGCAAUAAUGGGUCUGAAAUCAUUGCUUACAACAUUGAUCUGGGAGACACGUGCAUUACUGUGGGCAAUACUACCACACGAGUGAUAAAGGACCUCCUUCCAGAAACCACAUACCGGAUCAGAAUUCAGGCCAUCAAUGAAAUUGGAGUUGGACCAUUUAGUCAGUUCAUUAAAGCAAAAACUCGGCCAUUACCACCCUCGCCUCCUAGGCUAGAAUGUGCUGCAUCUGGUCCACAGAGCCUGAAGCUAAAAUGGGGAGACAGUAACUCCAAGACUCAUGCUGCUGAUGACAUGGUGUACACACUACAGUUGGAAGACAGGAAUAAGAGGUUUGUCUCAAUCUACAGAGGACCCAGCCACACCUACAAGGUCCAGAGACUGACAGAGUUCACCUGCUAUUCCUUCCGAAUCCAGGCAGCAAGUGAAGCAGGAGAGGGACCUUUCUCCGAAACCUAUACCUUCAGCACAACCAAAAGCAUCCCUCCCACCCUCAAAGCACCUCGGGUGACACAGUUAGAAGGAAAUUCAUGUGAAAUCUUAUGGGAGACGGUACCACCAAUGAAAGGCGACCCCGUUAACUACAUUCUGCAGGUAUUGGUCGGGAGAGAAUCUGAAUACAAACAGGUGUACAAGGGAGAAGAAGCCACAUUCCAGAUCUCAGGCCUCCAGAGCAACACAGACUACAGAUUUCGUGUGUGUGCAUGUCGCCGCUGCGUGGACACCUCCCAGGAGCUCAGUGGAGCUUUCAGCCCCUCUGUGGCCUUUGUGUUACAGCAACGUGAGGUCAUGCUUACGGGAGACAUGGGGAGCAUGGACGAUCCGAAAAUGAAGGGCAUGAUGCCCACUGAUGAACAGUUUGCUGCCCUCAUUGUGCUUGGCUUCGCAACCUUGUCCAUUUUAUUUGCCUUUAUAUUGCAGUACUUCUUAAUGAAAUAAAUCCAGCAGACUAGAGGUGUGAAUGGAACGCCACACAUUUUAAUACACAUUUACUCAGAGCCUUUUUGUUCUUUGAUUUAUAUACUUUUCUUGUUUUACAGAUUUAGCUAGGGGAAACAGUCAGUGUUUGCCUGCACCUAUUUGAGAUGCAAAACUAGGAAGAGGUUAAACUGGAUUUUUAAAAAAAAAUAAUAAUAAAGGAAUAAAUAAGAGAAGGGAGCAGCAGGAAAGCACCAGACACCAAGAGCCAGUGUGCCCAGUGAGUGCCGCAUGCCCAUUGAGCGCAGUGCACCCAGUACCCAGUGUGCCCAGUACACCCAGUGCCCAGUAUGCCCGGUGUGCCCAGUGAGUUAUGUUUUCAAGCUUUCUAGUUUCUAUUCUGUCUCCACGGAUGUCUUUUGCAGGCCUUUGAUUUUUUUGUGUGUGUUCCAAUGUAGUAAUUUAUAUUCACAGUCACCUCUUGGUCGUCUGUAUCUGUAAACCGAAUCACAGUGUAUGGAGUUCAGGGCUGGGAUCUCGCUGUUGUCAGAGUAGUGCCACACAAGAACAUACAGAACAUGUGUGCCUUCGGCUGAGGCCACCUAGACCAUCCUAUCAUCACUCAGUUAUGUAACUGUUUAGCUCAUUUAAAUCAAAGUGUGUACUUUAAAUGUUUUACUACUCUGUGUCCCUUAUGAUUUUAACACUAUGAGUUGCCUGUCUAAGCAAUCACAUAACCAAAUGCUUCUAUAAGUGAUGGAGCGUUGUAGGUUUCCACAUCAGUCCAUAGCAGUAAUUUUAAGAGGGCAUUGUGCAAUAGCUAGUUGUUUCCUAUUCAGCUACUUUAAAAAGCUGCUUUAACUUGCCUAUCUGUCUUUGUAUAUAACUACUUCUAAUCUAAUCAGUAGAGUUAUUAUAUUCUGUUAUGUUUGACCAGAAUUAUAUGACGAGAACUCAUGACAGUUGAAUGCCUCACAAUUGUGAGCUGUCUUACAUGUUGGCCCAUUAUUUUUGAAAGAUUUACCUUUGGCUAUCCUCUGGGGUGUCAUUGAAAAUGAAUGAAGUUCAAUACCUUGUUCCAGAGCCCAUAAUACUAAUGUGGGAGGAGAUACAAAUCUUCUUGCUAAAGCCCAGGAGGGAACCAUCUACAUUUAUCCUUCUGUUGCUGGGGGCUUGAUCUGGCCACAUGUAGAGAGGGAGUAGUAACUGGCUAUAAGCACAGUGUGUUUGGGGCCAAAGAGCUUAUAAGAUUCUCUCCCUGGAUCUGUCACUAGCUUGCUCUGUGACCUCUCUGUGCCUGUUUUCCCAUGCAUGAGAAAUCAAAUCAAAUGGCGGUUCAGUAUCUGUAAGUGCUUUGAGAUCUUGGAUCCACUGGUGCUAUUGGAGUGUUACUCUCGCAUGUUUAUGUAGAGUCAUGAGAUAAAAGGUUCUAACCCAAAGUCAUUGGAUUACUCAUAUGAAGUCCACAAUGUUCGAGUACCUCAGGGACACUUAAGAGUUGGAGGUGCAACUGUAUUCCAAAAGGGUGCAACAGACACAGCCGAUCCCCCUGUUCCUGGUUUUUUUGUAUAUUUUUGCUCCUUGGUUUUUCUUGAUCAUAGCUGUUUUGUGCUUGGUCUAUGUUGUCUAUGAUGCAGUAAGUACCCUGUACUAGCUUAUAAUGUUCCCAUACCAAAGUCAUGGGGAAACCAACAUUAUUUUGUUUUUGGGUUUAUUUAUACUAUAUUCUGCAUACAGUACUUUAAAUGCCAAUUACAGUGCAAUCUUUAUUUAUUGUAAAAUUUUUAAAAUGUACUUAUGUACUAAUUUGCCCUCGUAGCAUGUUAUAUUUUGUGUGUUUUAUACUUUUGUAAUUUUAGGUCAGUUUUGUUCCUUGGCAGCAUCUGUAGUAUUAACCUUCUGACAUUUUCUUGUGUUUUUAAAGAAGAGCAUCUAACUCAUUAAAUGCCAAAAAAAAAAAAAAAAAAUCCCAUUAUCAGUGAUUGAAAGGUUUACAUGUACCCAGAAGACCAUAAUCAUCUCGGAAGAGUGCUGAGAUUAGUGCAUUAUUGUGUGCCUAUAUUGGUGUAGUUGAGUACACUCUGUGUAGAGAGCUCUGUAUUUUGUUAUUGACUAUAAUAAUUAAAGUAAUUAGACUUGUAAACUGAUGGUAUCAAGGUAAAUAUAUUUUUGCCAAAGCUCUGGCCUUCAGAAAUUCAUCCUUUCAUCUAAAUGUGUCAUUUGACCCACUGUGACAUUACAUCUGCACUUUCCAAGACCAUUAAAGCAGGUGAGAGCACAUUUGGUGGAGUGAUUUUAAAGCUAUUUGUGGGGAGACUCUUCUUUUGGACACCUCAGCACUGCUGCCGUCCAGAGGCCUCUGACUCGGUUGAAAGGUUUUGCAUUUGAUCUUCCGGAGAUUUGCGUGCCCUGUGACCAUCAGAAAGCUGAAGUACGUGACACGCGAGCAGACAGCACUUUAUUCUAUUGCUCUCCAUUAUUUGGUUGUCAUUAUAAUCUCUUCAGACAGGAAAUGAUUCCUCCACAUGGCACUAUUUUCUAUCACAAGUCUGUAUAUGUGCUGUGGAUAUAUAACUUUAUGUAUAUUGUCAUUACAAAGGAACAGUAAGAUAAAGUGUUCUAUUAACCUCCCCUUUGCCCUUUGCCGUACGCAGGAGUGAGUGAGUGGCUUUCCGAUGCUCUGAUGCUUCUCUGUAUGUCAUAUGCAUCCCUGACACAGAAAUUCCAGUCAUCUGAAGCAAACUGCCCUUUGUCCUCAAUGAAAAGGUUUAACAAGAAAACUUUUUUAAAGGAUAUUUUGCAUAUUACCUGCCUUGUUCAUAUCGAACUUGAGAUGUUGACAUUUUCUAGCCCUGUUUCUUUGGCUACAAUCAUUCAGUAUUUGUGUCAAAAUUGAAAAGUGCCCUAAUAGAAUGUGUUUGAAUGUUAUCCUUGCACAAUUCUUUAAAUUGAAAGACGAGAUGUUUUACCUCACUGUUGGACAUACAUUCCAAGCUUUUCAACUUUAGAAGAAAGAAUAAUCAUGUUUUUCUGUCUUGUAAAUUUUAGAUUAUUUCAUAUACAUUGUAUUAAAACUGCCAUAUCAAUUUUAAUGUAUAGAUUUUGCAAAUACUAUGCUAUAUGUAAUACCUAACUGUAUCUGUAGUGUAUAUGUAAUAUAUUUAUGCCCAAUAAAUGUUUUAAUUCUUUCUGACGUAA